GGGACCGGCCUGAGAGGAAGAUCCCGGCAGAGAUUUUAAUGCUCUGAGAACUGUCUCAGAUAACUCUGAUUCCAACCAUUACAUACAUUAACUUCACAUAGAGCGGAUCAGCGCCGGGGGAUCUAUUUGUAAGCAAGCUUGAGGAGAAGUUAUUGAAAACCUAAUAAGGUGUUCUCAUAGCGUGACACCAUGUGGGCGACUAACCUGGCAGCCCUGGUCCUCCUGGCCUCUUCAGCUACUGCUGCCACCACGGCCUCUCCAGACAAAGUCCUGAGUAACCACGCCACCAUCCUGGCUGACAACAGCGCCAAGUUGGCUUUCAAGCUCUACCAAAACAUGGCCAAGGAAAAAGGUUUGGAAAACAUCCUCAUAUCCCCCGUCGUCGUGGCCUCCUCUCUGGGUCUGGUGGCUCUUGGGGGCAAAGCCUCCACUGCCUCUCAGGUAAAAACCCUUCUGAAUGCAGCUAAAGUCAAAGACGAGCAGCUGCACUCCGGUCUGGCCGAGCUCCUGACUGAGGUGAGUGACCCAAAGACCCGCAACGUCACCUGGAAGAUCAGCAACCGCCUGUACGGACCCAGCUCCGUCACCUUCGUGGAGAACUUCAUCAAGAGCAGCAAGAAGCACUACAACUGUGACCACUUCAAGAUAAACUUCAGAGAUAAGAAGAGCGCUGUGAGCUCCAUCAACGAGUGGGCAGCCAAAUCGACCGAUGGCAAACUGCCCGAGGUCACCAAGGAUGUAGAGCAGACUGACGGGGCGAUGAUCGUCAACGCUAUGUUCUUCAAACCUCACUGGGAUGAACAGUUCCAUCAUAAGAUGGUGGACAGCCGUGGAUUCAUGUUGCCCAGUAGCUACACCAUUUCAGUGCAGAUGAUGCACCGCACAGGCCUCUAUGGCUUCUACAAUGACAAAACCAACAAGUUAACGCUCCUGAGCAUGCCUCUGGCUCACAAGAAGUCCACAGUGCUGUUCAUCAUGCCCCACCAAGUGGAAACUCUCCAGAGACUGGAGAAGAUGCUGACCAAGAAGCAGCUGGACACGUGGAUGGGCAAGCUGCAGCAGACGGCGGUGGCCGUGUCUCUGCCCAAAGUCAGCAUGGAAGUCAGUCACAACCUGCAGAAACACCUCGGGGAGCUGGGCCUGACGGAGGCCGUGGACAAAUCCAAAGCCGACUUGUCCAGAAUGUCCGGGAAGAAGGAUCUCUACCUGGCCAGCGUGUUCCACGCCUCCGCCAUGGAGUGGGACACCGACGGCAACGAAAUGGACAUGAGCAUCUUAGGCACGGACAAGCUGAAAAACCCCAAACUGUUCUACGCCGACCACCCAUUCAUCUUCAUCGUGAAGGACCAGAAGACAAACUCCAUCCUGUUCAUGGGCAGGAUGGUCCGGCCGAAGGGCGAUAAGAUGAGAGAUGAGCUGUGAGCACACUCACCCAAAAGCCUGGGUCAGUGUGUGUGUGUGUGUGUGGUGUGUGGUGUGUGUGUGUGUGUGUGUGUGUGUUUUCUACUGCGGGAUGCCGAGAGCGGUGGGAAAUGAAAGCGCAUUCCUUAACGUCACAUGCCAACAGCAUUCCACAAUACAUGGCUGAAGAGAGGUGUUCAAAGCAUUGUGCACUCCCCUCCUUUUUUAUCUUGAAGAAUAUUUGAUAUCUUUCUUUUUUCAUUCUGCAUUGGCAGAUCACAAUAUGGACUGAAGACUUACAUUAAGUAUGAUUUCCCUGAUUAAUGCCUGAAAUUCUGUUGACAAGUCUUAACAAUGUUCUUAAAAGGGGACAACAAUCUUACUUCUGCAGAGAUUUGAUGGUGCUCAAUGUUUAAUUUAAGUUUGGCUGCUUUUAAUUAGUUAACAAGAGAAUAUUGACAAUUGUUUCGCCGAUCCGUUGUACUGCUUUCCACGACAUUGGAACCGAGGUGCUACAUGGAUGUUGUUCUUGUUAUUGAUCCUCCCUGAAUGCACUGACCUACACUGGCAAACAACCCAAAGCACGGCAGAUUUAAAUUAAAAAAACACAGAGAAUACAAUGUGUGCACGCACAAAUUUGACAAUUUCAAAAUAUGAAUUGUUUCAGACUAUUACAGGUUUUGCAAUAAAAGCGCGGGAAAAGAACCAACCCCCAAGUGUCAUCUUCAGUUUAGAUAUCCGUCGUGUAGCAGAAGCCUCUUGGUCUCCAGCUGAAGAACAUGAGAACAACUCCAGCUGGACGAGGAAUGUGGUAAAGGUCCACGCUGCGUGGUGAAC